AUGAGUAAAUACAGAAAAAACAAACUUGAUGAAACUUAUAUGAGUUACUCUUUUGAUAAAAUGAAAAAUUAUAAUUUCAAUAGUUCUCGAAAUAAAUUUAAAGGAGAAAAUAACAAUUAUAAUAAUUACAACAAUUUUAGUUAUUAUAACUAUUAUUAUAACAAUAACUUAUCUUAUCACAAAAAAAAAAAUAAAUAUGGAAAGAAUACUUAUGAUAAUGAAUAUUCUAAACCAAAAGAUAAGAAUAAAAAUUCUUUUGUAAGUAUAUGUAAAAAAUAUGAUUCUAAAAAGGUUGAUGAUCAGUUAGAUUCUUUGAAAAAUGAAAAAAAAGAUAGUAUUUUUGAAGAAGUAGAUAAAGUUAAUAAUAUAACAUUUGGUUAUGAUAAUAAUUCAAAAUGUGAUUUCUCAUGUAUGAAUAAUAAUAUAAUAGAAAAUGAAAAGAAAUUAUUUAAAUUAAACAAGUUGGAAAAAACGACUGAUUCUCCAAAAUAUAUUGAAAUAGAGGAAAAAAGUAUAAUAGAUACUAAAGAAUUUAUAAAAAGAGAAGAUGAAAAAAGAAAUAUUAUUGGUUUAGAUAAUGAAAAUAAAUCAAACUAUAAAAGUGAAAUAAUAGAUAAAGUAAAUGAUGAUUUUUUUCAGUUUGAUAACAAAAUGUCUAAUAUUACAAAAUUUAUAAACAAAAAUAUUUUUUUUAAUAACGAAAAUGAUGAAUUAAAUGAAGAAUAUUUAUCAACAAAUUUUGAUCCUUUUCAUUUUAUUGGAACAUCAAAUAAUGGUCAAAUUUCUAAAGAAGAUAAAGAAUUAAAAAUAAAUAAAAACAUUACAGAACAAAAAACAAAAGAAAAAAAAAUGAAGAAAGAAAAAGAAGAGAAAAAAAUUAAUUUAAAAAAAGAAAAAAAUAAUUAUAAAAAAAAAACAGAAAAUGAAGAAGAAAAUGAAGAAGAAAAUGAAAAAAAAAAUGAAGAAAAAAAAAAAAUAAAAUUAGAUGAAUAUAGAAAAAAUAAACAUGAAUUUACGAAAGUAUGUUUAAACAAAGAUGAAAAAAGAGAUAAUAUUCCAUAUGAUGAUAAUUAUGAAAAUAUACACAAUUAUACUGAUAUAUCAAACAAAAUAAGUAUUAACAUAGAUAAUAAAAGUAUAAAACGUGAAAAAAUAAUAUCAUCUGAAGAAAAUAAUUCACUUCGUGAUAAUAUUUUAAGUGAUGAUAUUAAUAUGGAUGCAAUUCCUAUUAACAUAAAUGAAUUAAUAAAUGCAAAAAAAAUUUAUGAUAGCAGUGAUUUAAAUAAGUUUAAAAAUGUAAAUGAUGGAAGUAAUACCAAUAUUAUAAAUAGUUUAAAAAAAUUAGAUAUGUUAAAUUCAUUUCAUUUAAAUAAUAUGAAUAAUGAUGAAGAUUAUAGUGGUUUACCUAAUAAAAUAAAUAAUUUGUUAAAUAUAUAUAAAUUGAAUAAAAACCAAAUUAAUGAUGAUUUUUUUUUAAAUAUGAAUGAAAAUAAUGAUUUAAAUUAUUUCAAGGACAAUUAUAACUUAAAAAAUACAGAAAAUAAUGAUGUAAAAAAUAUUAUGAGAAAAUACAAUGAUAAAUAUAAUGAAAGCUUUUUAUUAGAUGAAAAAACUUCUAAUCAAAAUGAUUUAAGUAAAUUAAAUGAGAAUAUAUAUAAACAAGAAAAAAAUAAAACUAAUGAUGUGAGUAAUAGAAAAUUUAAUAGUGAAAUGCCAAUUGAUAAAAAUAUUGUAGAUGUUAAUAAUUAUGUAUUAAAAAAUCAUAUAAAGGAUGGAAAUUAUAAUAUGAACGUAAAUAAUAAGUUAAAUAAUUAUAAAGAAAACAAAUCAUUAUAUAUGAAAGAUAAUGUUGAUAUUAAACUGGAUACAAUAUCCGACCCAAAUGUUUUAAAAUUAAUAAAUUAUUAUUACAAAAGUAACGAAUUAAAUGAUAUAUUGACAGUAGAAAAAAAUAAAAACGUUUUUUUAAAUAAAGAAUUAUUAUUAAAAAAAGAAAAUGAUUUAAUUGGGAAUACAAAUAAAUACAGCAGUAAUAAUAAUUAUGAAAAUAGUAAUAUUGGAGAUUUUUACUAUAAUAAUGAAAGAAAUAAUAGUGAUAUAUGCAUUGAUAGUUAUAAUAAUUUAAGAAUUAAUUAUAAUAAUAAUAAUAUUAAUUAUGAUAAUAACAAUAAUAAAAAUAAUAAUAUAAAUAAUAAUAAUAUGAGUGAUAAUAAUAUUAGUAUUAAUAAUAAUGUUAAUAGUAAUAAUAUUUAUAAUAGUAGUAAUAAUGAUACUAAUACUAAUUUGAAUAAUAGAAAUAAUGAUACCAAUACUAAUUUGAAUAAUAGUAAUAAUGAUACCAAUACUAAUUUGAAUAAUAGUAAUAAUGAUAAUAAUAAUAAUAAUAAUGAUAAUAAUGAUAAUAAUGAAAAUAGUAAUAAUAAUGAUAAUAAUGAUAAUAAUAAUAAUGAUAAAUUUUAUAUUAAAAACAACUAUUAUAAUCGUUGUAAUAAUAAUUAUGAUAAUAAUAAUUUUAAAAAUAAGAGUUACAUAAAUAUUCACAAUAUAAAUGAAAAAAAUAAUAGAAUUAUGUCAAAUACGUAUUCAGAAAAAUUUGAACAAAAAAAUAAUUUCUAUAAAAAUAGUGAUAAUAAGUUGAAAAAUAGUAAACCAUAUUCUGUUAAUAUAAUACCCAAUGAUAAAAUACAUAAUCAUAAUAAUAAAAACAUAAAUAAUAAUGAUUUGCAUAAUACUUUAAAUGAUGAAAAAAUUACUAAUGAAAAUUACAUUGUUAAGUUAAAAGAACAUUAUAUGCUUAAAUUAACGAAUCUUAUGAAGACAAAUUAUAAAAAUACAAAUAUAAAUGAUUUAAAUGAUGAUAUGUAUAAUUACUAUAGAUUUAUUAAUAAAAUUAAUGCAAAUAUUAAACAAAAUAAUUAUCAUAAUAAAUAUAAAAACCUUAUGCAAAAAAGCGAAAAAGACAAAUUGUUAAGAAUUCAAUUAUCAUAUAUGAUUAUAAAUCCAUCUAUACAAAAAAAUAGUGGAAAGUGGAACUUCAAAAACGAAGAAAAAGAUAAAGAAGUAAAUUCAUUAAAAUAUGAAAAAUCUCUAAAUACUGAUAAUAUUAAAUUUAAUAACAUAAAAAAUAAUAAUAAUGAAGAAAAAGAACAUAUUGACAAGAAUGUUUUUAGAGAACAAAAUAAAUACGAUAAAUUUUUAAAUUUAUACAAAAAUGAAAAUAAUGAAAUUAAAUCUGAUGAUAUUUCACUUAUAGAAAGCAUAAAAAAGAGUCAAAAUUUAAAUGAAGAUUUUAGUAUAUAUAUGAAUGGGAAAGAAAAAAAGUUAUACGAUUUAUUAGAUCAAAAACAUUUUGAUUUAAACGAAAAUAUUUUUGAUAUAAAUAUAGGUAAAUUACUGACGUUUUCUUUGUCUGAUAGAAAUUUAAUUGAUGAAGAGAAUAAUAAGAAUGAAAAAAAUAAUUUAUAUAUAGAAAAGGAAAACAUAAGCAUUAAAAAAAAUGAUAAUGAUGAACUGGAAAAUCAUGAAAAAGAGGGUGACUCUUUAGAAAAAAAAGUAACAGAUAAAUAUGAUACUGACGAUUUUAACAUGCAUAAUGAUGAAUAUAUAAAUAAUUUUUAUAUACACAAAAAUGAUAUAUGCAAAUAUGAAAAUAUAAAAAAGUUAGGUAAAUAUGUAUUUGCUACAGUACACGAGCCAAGAAAUUUAAUAACAUUAAUUAAAAAUAAAGAUUUUGACAAUUAUGAUGAAAUAAUAGAUAAAAUAAAAGCAAUUAUAAAAAAUGAAAUUAAUGAAAUACAAAACAAGAAGAAUUGUGAAGUAGAAAACAAUGAAAAUGAAAUAAAGAAUGAAAUUAAAAUAUACAGUAAAAUAAAUAAUAGUAAUUUGAAUGAUAAUGUCAUAAAAAAAAUGCUAGAAAUAUUAUGGGAUAUUUAUAUAGAUAUUAAAAAUCUAUUUAAAGAUAUAGAUAAAUGUCCAUACACACAUAUAGAGACUAUAUCUAAAUAUAAAGAGGAAAUUAAAAAAAAGAAAAAUUCUCUUUUUAAUUUUAUUUUUUUAAGUAAAUUAAAUAAUGGUAUGUUAUCAUUGAAUUCAUUUAUUGAUUAUAAUAACAUUUUUACAAAAAGAAAUAUUAGUAAUUUAGAUAUAAUUGUAAAUAAAUACACAUAUUUAUUUUUAAGAGACUCAUUAUAUAAUAAUCUAAAUAAUAAAUUAUUCUUUAGAUAUCCAGAUAUUUUGUAUUUAAUAAAUAAUUUAAAUUUCAAUAAAGAUAUUGAAACAAAAGAUAUUACAAAUUCAAAUGAAAAAAUUCCGUCUGAUAAAAAUAAUAAUAUGCAAAAUAUCCAUGUAAAUUUCUAUAUUAACAGAAAAAAUGAAUAUAAAAACAAUAUAAGUAAUAUAUUUUUGUAUCAAUUUCCUUAUGAGAACAAUUUAUAUAAAUUACAUAAUUAUACUAUAUUUGGAAAAAUUCUAAUAUACAACAACAAAUAUAACUAUUUUAAUUUUGAAAAUUAUAAUAAUUAUGAUAAUUUUUUGAAAACAUUUAGAGAAAAUGAGAACAAAUCAUACUUUAUAAAUGAAAAAGAAAAUAAAAAAGUUUCAAAUAGAAAUUCUGUAGAUGGAAUCUCUUCAGAAGAUAUAAAAACUCACAAUGAAAUAAAAACUUUUAAUAUUGAUAAAAAUUUAAUUAAUGAAGAACUUUCUAGAUUAAAAAGCUUAUAUUUUUUAUUUUUUAAUAGUUUUUUAAAAAAUAAAGGUGUAUCAAUUUAUAAAAAAAUUUUUAAAAUUAUUAAAAAAAAGAAGAGGAAAUCUUUAAUAUAUACUUUAUUUAGUAAUUAUUUUUUAAUGUAUUAUAUUUUUUCUUUUGCCGAUGAAUGCUUUGAUAGCAAAGUAGAAUAUGAAGAAUUUUUAAAAUUGCAAUUAUUACAUAUUAAUUCAAAUAUAAACACAUUAAAUAAAUUUUUGAAAAAUGAAAAAAAUCAAAAUAGGAAUAUAAAUGAGAAAUAUAUUUCAAAAAAUUUAAAUCCUCCAUCCAAUAUAAGAUAUAAAUUAUACAAUCAUAAUAUAUAUACAUCAUUAUAUAUAUAUUUAAUAGAUAUUUCUUUAUCUUAUUUAUUUACACCGGAUAUUGGAAUAUCAUAUAUUCAAGAUAUUUUAUCAUUACUUUUAUUUUAUAAUUAUAUCUAUUUAUAUAUAACAAAAAUUCUAUUUUAUAGAAGUGGGGCAGCACUGAUAACUAUAUUACUAGUUAAAAUAAUUCCGUAUGUUAAAGAUUUUGACAGAAAUCUUAUGAUUUGUUUUCUUUAUUCGGUUUUACAUAGCAUAUUUUAUAUUUUGUGCAAUUUAUUUAUUUAUCAUUUAGAAAAUGAGAAAAAAAAUUUCAAAGGGAAUGAAGUAGAAUUAUAUUUAAAAAUUUUUCAAUCAAUGACUAAUGAAAUUGAAUUUUAUAAAAUUAUAUAUAAAAGUAUAUGUAGUUAUUCUCAUCUGGAUACAUAUUAUGAGAAAGAAAUAUUAUAUAUGCUAGAAGAUAUAGGUAAAGAUAACGUUGUAAAACUUAUAAUGAAUCACAUACAGAAAUAA